AUGGGUGACAAUCUGCUGCAGAAGGCGAUCACCAUCGUCACGCAAGCAACCGAGGCCGAUAAUCGAAAGGAAUAUGCUGAGGCCUUGCGUCUCUACCAGCUUGCUCUGGAGUACUUCAUGACUGCCCUCAAAUAUGAAAAGAAUGAGCGAAGCAAGCAGGUCAUUCGCGCCAAGCUCAAGGACUACAUUGACAGAGCCGAGAAGCUCAAGGCUUACCUCAAGGGCAACGAGGGCAAGAAGCCAGUGGCGCAAGGGGGCGGGGGAGGCGAGGAUGAUGAAGACGGCGAUCCAGAGAAGACAAAGCUGCACAAGGCUCUGCAAGGUGCCAUCUUGACCGAGAAGCCCAACGUGCGCUGGGACGACGUUGCCGGCCUGUACGCUGCCAAGGAAUCCCUCAAGGAGGCGGUCAUCUUGCCGAUCAAGUUUCCUCAGCUCUUCCGAGGCAAGAGGAAGCCCUGGAAGGGCAUUCUUCUCUAUGGCCCCCCGGGUACCGGUAAGUCCUACCUGGCCAAGGCCGUUGCGACGGAAGCGAACUCGACCUUCUUUUCCGUCAGUUCCGCCGAUCUGGUGUCCAAGUGGCUCGGCGAGAGCGAAAGGCUCGUGCGGAGCCUGUUCGACAUGGCCCGCCAGAACAAGCCCUCGAUCAUUUUCAUCGACGAGCUCGACUCGCUGUGCAGCUCCAGGAGCGAUAACGAAAGCGAAGCUGCGCGAAGGAUCAAGACCGAGUUCCUCGUCCAGAUGAACGGCGUGGGCAAUGACGAAGACGGUGUGCUCGUGCUCGGCGCUACCAACAUCCCGUGGCAGCUUGACGCGGCCAUCAGGAGAAGGUUUGAGAAGAGGAUCUACAUCAGUCUGCCCGACGCGCCCACUCGCGCGCGCAUCUUCCAGAUCCACUUGGGCAACACACCAAGCAAUCUCACAGCGCAAGAUUACAGAAUGCUGGGCGAGAUGACCGAGGGAUAUUGCUACCCGGUGCGGGCCGUCCAGAUGGCCACGCACUUCAAGCCCGUGUACGAGGUCGACCACAACAACCCUGCCGUGUCUCGCGAGUACCUCACGCCCUGCAGCGGCUCAGACCCACUGGCGAGAGAGAUGACGUGGGUGGACGUUCCUGGCGAGAUGCUGAUGGAGCCCCGAGUCACCAUGAACGACUUCCUCAAGUCGGUCAAGAACAGCAAACCGACCGUCAACACGGCCGAGCUGCAGAAGCAAAUCAAGUUCACGGAGGAGUUUGGCCAGGAGGGCUAA